AUGGCCACCAAGUUCGCCAUCCGUCUGCACAACCGCUACACAACUCUCAAGGCUAAAGCCAAGGGACUUCGUGUCGGCAGCUAUAGCAGCAACAGCAGCAGCAGAAACGGCGGCCAGAAACAGUGCCUCUGGUGUAGGAUCCUCAGACGCAAAAUCCCUGAGCCCCUUGUGAGGAACGCAGACAUUCAUAACUGGAUGUCCUCGGACGAGACCCUUGUCGACCACCAGCCAGAGUUGCAAGUAAUCCAAGACCUCAGCGGCACCUUCAACCCCGGAGAGAGAUACCCCUUCCGUGAAGGCGCUGUUAGUCGCCUCUCAGCUAGGUCCAACGCACCCUCCAGCGUCUACUCUUCAGAUGAGACCUGCGAUGGCAGCGAACACAGCAUCAGCAGCGACGGCGACGACGACGACGACGACGACGACGACGACAACGACGACGACUGGUCCACAGUCUACUCCUUCGACGAAGGAGAGGAGGAAACCUUCUGCGACGCAGAAGAUGGUGUCCCAAGGCCAACCAGGGACAUGGUGUCUCUGCCGUCGACGUACUCCCCCUUCGCGUCAGACCUUCCCAGUCUCCCGUCCGCGUACUGCAACCUUUGGGCGUUCUAA